AUGAUCCAGCUCAAGAGCUGUUCGGGCAUCUCGUUCAAGUCACAAAUUCUCUACUUUAUCGUCUACAUUACAAGAUACCUUGACCUCUUCUCGACCGAGAGCGCAUACAACUUCAUCUUCAAGGUCCUCUUCAUUGCAUCCCAGGGCUACAUCCUCUACCUCAUGACGACGUCCUACAAGCCCACCAACGACCCCAACCUCGACACCUUCCGCGUGGAGUACCUGUUGGGCGGCGCCGCGGUGCUGGGCAUCCUCGUGCCGUACAAGUACACCGUGUCCGAGAUCCUCUGGGCCUUUUCCAUCUGGCUGGAAGCCGUCGCCAUCCUGCCGCAGCUGUUUAUGCUGCAGCGCACAGGCGAGGCCGAGACCAUCACGACCCACUACAUCUUUGCCCUGGGGCUGUACCGCGCGCUCUACAUUCCCAACUGGGUGUACCGCUACGUGACGGAGCCCCAUCACAAGGUGGACUGGAUUGCCAUUGUGGCAGGCGUGAUCCAGACGAUCCUGUACAGCGACUUCUUCUGGAUCUACUACCAGAAGGUGUUCAAGGGCAAGAAGUUCAAGCUGCCCGUCUAA